AAGCAGUCAGUUAGGUGAAAGUUUGAAAUUUGGUUUCGUUAUUCCCGUAGCAUUAAAGUGGGCAUCCAUCACUGCUCGUAACUCCUUGUUUCGCUAAUUUCCAGAUUCCAUGUAAGAAAAAAAAAAAAAAAAAAAAAAAAAAAAAAAAAAAACAAGAGUGCCCACCAGCACAUUAACAAUGGCAGCUGUCACCAGCCCAUAUUCAAAAUUCCUUCUCUCAAUACCCAAAUUUACUCUACUUUAUAAACUCUCUCUUCUCUUCCUCACUCACUCACUUCCCACUUUACAACUCUCCUCCUCUCCCACUCCGCCACUGCGCCACCACCUUCCAUUUCUCCGCCGCCACCAUGCUCAUACACUUACUAUUCCUCGCUUCAUUACUCGGCGCAGCUCAUUCUCGAAAUGCCACCGUGCAGCCUCUCAAAUCACGACCAAUUACAGGCGGCGGCGGCGGCGAUGCAUUCUUCAACCCGCAGCUCCCGCCGCGGGCCCUCUCCGCCUCCGCGAAAUUCGAGGGCUCCUCCGACCUCGUCAACCUCCGCUACCACAUGGGGCCCGUCCUCUCCUCCCCGAUCAACGUCUACCUCAUCUGGUACGGCAAGUGGGCCCCCUCCAGCCAGCUCCUCAUCCGGGACUUCCUCCUCUCCAUCUCCGCCGCGGCCCCCCGGAGCCCCUCCGUCGCCGAGUGGUGGCGCACCGUCGCCCUCUACACCGACCAGACCGGCGCCAACGUCUCCCGCUCCCUCCUCAUCGCCGGCGAGUACUCCGACCGCCUCUACUCCCACGGACGCUCCCUCACGCGCCUCUCCGUCCAGGAGAUCAUCGCCACCGCCGUCCGCUCCAAGCCCUUCGCCGUCGACCACAAGAAGGGCAUCUACCUCGUCCUCACCGCCACCGACGUCGCGAUGCAGGACUUCUGCCGCGCCGUCUGCGGCUUCCACUACUUCACCUUCCCCUCCAUGGUCGGCUACACGCUCCCCUACGCGUGGGUCGGCAACUCCGCCACGCAGUGCCCCGACGUCUGCGCCUACCCCUUCGCCGUCCCGGCCUACAUGGCCGGGGGGGGCCCGGGGGCGCUGCGGCCCCCCAACGCCGACGUCGGCGUCGACGGCAUGAUCAGCGUGAUCGCGCACGAGCUCGCCGAGCUCUCCUCGAACCCGCUCGUGAACGCGUGGUACGCCGGCGAGGACCCCACGGCGCCCACCGAGAUCGGGGAUCUGUGCGAGGGGCUGUACGGCAGCGGCGGCGGCGGCGGCUACAUUGGGCAGGUGAUGAGGGACGGCGGCGGCCGGACCUACAAUUUGAACGGGCGGCGGGGGAGGAGGUUUUUGGUGCAGUGGGUUUGGAGCCCCAUUCUCAAGGCCUGCGCGGGGCCCAAUGCUGUUGAUUAAUUUAUUUUUUCCUAUAUAGAUUUUUCUCACUAAUCAAAACACAACUUUUUCGGUUGUUUAAUUAUUCAAUUCGAUGAAGCAUUAUAUUUAUUGGUUUUGUAUGUUCUUAUCCCAAGAGCAUGGGGCGGUGCAGGGACUUGCGGUGGAGAUAGAUUGUAUGAAUGAAUGAUUUUGUUGGAAUUUUUUAGUACAUAGAUUGUAUGAAUGAAUGAUUGUGUGUGCAUACAUUUAGUUGA